AUGGGACCGAUUCGGAGAUACCUGCGUGUCAGCAAAUACACCGUUCUUGAAUGCCGAAUAUACCUAGAAAACCCAUCAGACUCGCGAUGGCUACUAGACUCUCAUGAUGCUACCCUCAAACGGGUCAUUGAGAGCAUCAGACCUCUCGUGCAGCCCAAGCUACGCGAGGAGAAAGAGCGGAUCAAGGCCAAGAAGAAGAGCAAACCCGUGAAAGACGUCCUUGUUGAAGAUGAUUUUGAAGUUUCUAUAUUCCUACGAGAAAGUGGAAGUCGGCAUUCCCUGCUCACACGGCAAAAAGUUUUCAGAGACGACAAAGACCGGAUCACAAGCAAUUCCAAAAAAAUGACAGGUGAGACGGAUGACUCACCGAUUGAAAUAUCAGAACAGAAUACAGGCGAGACGAGGAUACUAGUAGAGAGUGAUGAUGACGAAGAGAUGCCUCUUGCAAACGACGAAGCGCCAGAGAACAAUCAGAACAAGAAUAAUAACGAUGCUGCUAAUGAAAACAUGCAGGAUACCGCUGAGGUGGCGAACGAGUCCGCCGAAGACAAAAAGAAGCUAGGCCUUACUACAACGUAUGAUGGAUUUGGAAUAUGGGGAUGGGUCCUAUGUCUAAUCAUUAAACGCAAGAAGCCGAUGGAAUCUUCCAAAAAGGCGAACGAUGGGGAGACCGGACAGGCUCUGAUGGAGGAGUGGAUUUGCACUCAAGCACCACAAGAAUACGACGAAUAGCGGUGGUACUAUGAACUCCUUCCUUAAACGGUUUCUCCUACAUACUCUAUGCCCCGCUUCUAUUAUUUUUCCAGAAACAGUGUCGAAGAACUCUGGUUUGGAUUCAACGUUCGCCAAGUCCACCUUAGCACCAAUGAUUUAUACCUGAAGCAGGGGAUAUGGAUCCAGCACAGUGCAGAUUACAACCUCCAUAUGCACACCGUUAAGUUGUACAGAGGACAGGAUCGGAAGCCAAGAGAGGAUAUUUUCAUAGUGGUUCUUCAUCUUGAAGUUAUCACGCCACGCCAUGCGCGCCGCAUAGAGCCUUGUCAAUCUGGGGAGAGGGAAUCGUCGGAAUGUUACGGAGUAUGGGGAAUGCAGUCGAUGUCACUCAGCUGAAACUCGGAACAUUCGAAAUGUUCUCUUUCUUUCCCCUCCCCCUCCUCGAGUCGUCACAGUGAUUAUUGUGAGCAAGGGAACAGGGGGGCG